GGAAAAAAUACAAAUAGAAAUUUUUCAAACAUAGUACAAAAACGCAAUACAAUGGAAAUAUAUGAUUCAGACACUGUAACAAAAGCUUUACAAGACACUAAAAUAAAAAAUAAGACUAAAUUGGUUAAAUGUCAUCUUUGUGGGUAUUUAGCGUUAAAUCGUCGUGGAUUGAGUUUGCAUAUUGCACACAUUCAUAAAGAAAUGAAAAAUCGAUGGUGUUCCACUUGUUAUAUAGAAGUUGUUAAUCUAGAAGAACAUAAAAAAUCGCAUGAAUGUGAUAGAGCAUUUAAGUGUACAUUUUGUGAUAAAAGUUUUCGCCAUCAAGGCCAUUUGACUGAACAUAUUCGUAGUCACUCAGGCGAACGCCCUCAUAAAUGUGAUAAUUGUAAUAAAGGGUUUGUAUCAGCGAGACAUUUACGUAUACAUAUGCGAGUUCAUACUGGUGAAAAGCCUUAUCAAUGUGAUAUAUGUUUAAAAAGAUUUACUCAAAAAGGUGCUUUAGCAUCACAUUCUAAGAGACAUGCCCGAUAUAAAUGCAAGUUAUGUGAUUUAAAUUUUACAAAGCUAAAAUAUUUAGCCCAACAUAUUCUAGAAACUAGUCAUGGUGAAAAUCAAGACAACAACGCAAAAUCAGUGAAUUUAUUAAAAAAUGAAACAAUAGAUCCAGUAGAUGAUAUUCAAGACGAAAAAGAUUUACCAAACAUUGAAGAUGAAGAUUUUAAUAUUGAAAAUGAAGAAUCGAAUUUAGAAAAUUUAGAAGAUAAAAUUUGGGGAACUGAAAAUAUUCAAACUGGUCCAAAAAACAUUGCAAGUGUCGUUGAUAACGAAAAUGAAUGUUUAAAUAAAGGCUCGGUUUGUCAAGUGUGCGAUAAGAGAUUUAGUUCUCAUCCAAAAUUACGAUUACAUAUGAGAUUGCAUACUGGUGAUACACCAUAUUCAUGUAAUUUUUGUAAAAAACGAUUUUGUACCAGAGCUCAAUUAGAUGUCCAUGUUCGAACACAUACAGGGGAGAAACCUCAUGUCUGUCAUAUAUGUGGAAAAGGGUUUGCUCAAUCUAGUGUUUUAAAUACCCAUAUGAAAUUGCAUACUGGACGCCCGGAGCAAUGUUCUAUUUGUGAACAACGAUUUUGUAGACCUGCUGAAUUACGGCUUCAUAUGCGAAAACAUACAGGUGAAAAACCAUAUCUAUGCACUGAAUGUGGUCAAACAUUUAUACAAUCUAGUCAUUUAGUUGAACAUAAAAGAACGCACAGUGAUGAAAGGCCAUUUCCAUGUCCACAUUGUAAACGAGCUUUUAAACAUAAAACAACAUUACGAUCGCAUAUACAAAUUCAUACUGGUGAAAAGCCUUUCAAAUGUAAACAUUGUUCGUAUGCAUGUCGUCAAAGUUACAGUUUGACACAACAUAUGCGUCAACAUGCUGAUAGCAACUUGAAACAGCACGAAUGCCCAGCAUGUUGGAAACGUUUUUCAAGUAUUCAUUUAUUAAAGGCACAUACUGAGAAUGAACAUGAAGUGAUUAUUGCCUGAUCUUAAAUA